AAAGCUAAAAUCUAUAUACAAAAAAUAUGAGCAAUUAUUUCAUUCAGACUUUUUUCGAUGUUUAAUUUUUUGAAAUAUAAUUACCGUUAAUACAAAAAAAAACGAAUAAUGCAAAGACAUUGCCGCCAUUGCAGUACAGGGGAUAACCCUAGCCGUAGAUUUAUACGCCAUAGCUAUUCAACAGCUUCGAUACCGCAAUUCCAGUACCAGCAACAACAGCAACAGCUGCAGCAAACACAAUCGGCACCACAACCUCAGUACUAUGCACAACGACAGGUUGUGCCAAAUUACCCACAACAAUAUCAACCCAAAUAUGCUUCAGCUGUCCAAUACCAACCAGCAGCUCCACAACAUAGUUCUCAGCUUUCUCUUCAGCAAAGCUCCCAACUUGCUCCUCACCAGGGCCUGCAACAGCAAGCUUACGCACAAUCAUUACAACAGUUGCAACUGCAGCAGCAACAAUUAUUACAACAACAGCAUGAGCAGCAAGUGCAAGAACAAUUACGUGGCGCUGCAAAAUAUGCGCCCCAGCCAAGUCAAGCACAAACUCCCUACUAUCCUUAUCAACAGCAAGCUACACAACAUGAUUUGUAUGCUCAACAAUACCAACAACAACAAAAAGAUCUGUUACGUCAAUUAUAUGAGCAAUCCCCUAGGCUAGCAAGUGCUGUGCAAAGCCAACAACCACAACCACAAUCACAAGGUCAAUCCAAAUAUCUUACAACGGAGGAAUAUGCUAACUACUUACAGACACAGCAAGAACAUGUGUUCAACGAUCAGCGCAGCCAACUGCAGGAACAGUAUACAACAACCUCAGCGCCAACAACAUUAAGUUCAUAUACGACAACGCCUCAGUCUUAUACGACAACUGGUAGAACGGGCAGUAAACGUGAUGGUCUGCAGUACUCACCCUCCGAUCAGGUUUCACACGUUAAGUUCUCCAGCGGCAACUUGUCUUAUAACUUCAGACGUUAGAUACUUGCAUGAGUGGUAACAUUAUCACUAGGUAUAUCCUAGCCUAUCACUAAACAAUGUAAUGUGAGUGGAGUUCGAAUUGUCUGAAGUGUCUUUAACUAUGUUAUUCUGUUAACAUUAUUCGUUUUUUACAAUUUCGGCAAAAUCAAAAUUCCUUAUUUAUUUCUGAAACAUAUGUUUAAAUUUAUAAGUUAGGCAAUAAAAA